AUGGACAUACAGAAGGAGACCGAAAGCGUUUUGGCUAUAGCAGACGAUGUUAUUGCCUCCAUUGGGACAAACUCUUUGGUAUCUGGAACAGAGCUUUAUCAGUCCUUCGAGGGAAGAAAAGUGUCUAAAUCCUGCAAAAAUGGCGUUGACAAAUCAGUUCAGACUCAGACGUAUUCACUACACAAAUCAACGCAACAUUGUGAAUCUAAAAAGAAUGUUGCUAUACAGAACGCACCGCUGAGUUUUCACCGGAGUACAGAGACAGAGUCGUUUGGUUUUUCGACUGCGACACAAACCGAGCCGGAUAUCCUACCUGAUAUCAUUAGAGUUUCUUUUCAAAAGACGUCUAAUAUGGUGUCUAUAGCAAAUCUGAAAAUGGAAGAGUUAUGGCUCGGUUUACAAAACCGCUUUAAUCGUUGUAGUUCUGAGCUUCAAAGAUUGGCAACUUUUGUAAAAUCGCUCCGCAGAUCACGUGAUGCCCUGGAGGUCAACCUGCGGAAUGCGCAUAUGGUAAUGGAGAUCACUUCGUUGGUGCAGUUAGAAUUAGAAGCCCGUUUUGUUAUUUGGGCAGAAGAACGGGAUUCACGGAAUGACAUAUCGUUCACGGCGUAUCGUAACAUGAUUGGUUUCCUUAGAGAAAUUGAAGCAGACUUUUUUGUAGCUCGAAGUGAAUUGGUUGAAAAGCUAGACGACAUAGAUGCCUUGCAAAGAGAGCUUUCUGAUCGCAAAGAGAAGAAUGUCAUGAUCAGUGCCAAUGGAACCGAUUUAGCCUGUGAUUCUGUAUCGGGAAAACUUCAAUCGGAAAAUGAAGAUGAUGGGGUAUCCCUCAAGGAAAUGAAAAAGUUGUUAACAGAGUGUUGGGUUGUUUUGGGCCAAGACGCAUAG